AUGUCAAAUCGCAAAACGAAACUCCCCUCGCAUUUUUGCGAAUGGGUAGUUGGAACAACAAUCGAAUCUGUUAUCGGCGCCAUCCCUCAGAACAAACCCCCUAAGAAGCGAGACGUCGUACGUGUUGAGGUCACCACUGAUGAUGAGUCCGAAGAGGACACCGUCAAGAUCACCUACCCGCGCACUGGACGUACCUAUACACCCCUGCCUGCCAACGAAGCAAAGGCCGAGGUCAAGAAGGUCCGGUUUGACUUUGGCCAGAAUGGUCCCAUCAAACCUGCUAUGAAGCAGACCACUACCGCAACUCCCAUGGACUCCUCAGAUGAGGCAUCCGACUCCAGCACAGAGACUGAGUCAGAUUCUAGUCAGUCGGCGUACAUAUCAAGCUCUGACGCCACCGAUUCUGAUGUUGACUAUCCAGUUAAGUGCGUGAAGCACAAGAGGCAGAGAAAGAAGAAGAAGCACAGACAGACACAGACCGAAGAAGACACCGAGAGUGACUGGGACUCUGAUCCAGCACCAGAUUGUCCCUGUCAGAGAUGUACAAAGGGUCGACAGAUAUUGAAAAGAGUAGGCCGGAAAAGGAGCAAGGAAAUCACCCCGCCAAGCCCCGAAACUUCUGAUUCGGACGAAGAAGAAGAACCUCCCAACACUAAGCGACAAUCUGGUAAGAACAAGAGGAGGUGUCUAAAGAAAGUAAAACCAACAGAGUCUGACCCCAAUACUUCUGACUCAGAUUCAGAGUCUGAAAUCCUAGCACUUAAGAAACGGAGUCAAACCAAAAAUCAGGGCAAGCAGACAGAUGGAAAGAAACAGCAAGCGGCCCCCCAGCCUCCUAUGACCAAGAAGCAACGAAAAGCAAUGAACAAAAAGUCUAAGCAGCAACAAGAGCAAGAGAUUGAAGGAGAAACCUCUGACUCAUCCAACGAAGCAGAAGAGGAGCCCAAGAAACAGAACAAAGGCAAGCAGAAGAAUAACAAGAAGCAGAAAGGAAAACAAGGAAAUCAGAAGAAACAGGAACCAGAAAAUGAAACCAAUAAAGACCAGGAAGCCGCCCCAACUGAUGAGGCCCCCGAAGCUUCCAAAGACACAAAUCAAGGCAAGUUCAGAACUAUGAAAGGAAAAGCAAAGGCACAGCCUAAACAAAAGGAUGGAGUCAAGAAGGGCAAUUAUCCCGAAGGAUUACCAGUUCCUCAUAUGCGUCAAUCACAGCUUAUCGAGCCCAUCAGAGCUCAGGUCGUUCAGAUAGAGCGCGUGAUCAAAACUCCACAAGACCCAGCACCUAACGCUUACUACGAUGCAGAACACAAUGUCAUGAGAGCCUACGACGGCCCUGCCUACGGGAACCACCAAAGCAAUGCGCUUUACCCAGAGCGUGACGCCUUCGGUCGCCCUCUGCCGAUGGGUCAGCCUCAUCCGAUGCAGAACCCCUUCUACUAUGGUUUCAACAAUCCGCAGCAGUAUCCCAACUAUCCACAGAUGCCACCAUUCCACCAGGGCUACGCAGGGGUUCCAACACCAGACGCAUACUCGCAUGUUCCCAUCACUCAAGGAAUGGCCCCUCCUUCGUGGUAUGCCAUGGGCCCUCCUGCAGGCGUACCCCCCGCUGGCUACUAUGGACAUAGGAGCCCUGAAACCAACAAAAACACUCCGGUUUCCAAAGCGGAGAAAAAUAAUGUUGGACCUCCUGGAAGUCUUACUGGCCAGGACAAUCCAUAUUAUAAGAGAAAGUCACAAAACAACGCAUGGGAAAGUCACCGUUCUGUACCCAAGGAAACCGGCCAGCCUCCAGGUUCCGAUAAGGCUGGGUCCAACGGGUCCAACGGGUCCAACGGCGGGAACAAAAAUAACGACCAAGGAGCUGGCUGGAACGACGGAACAGCUGACAACAAUGGCCAAGAUGCUUGGGACGCACCGGCCCAAGACAAGAACCAGAACCAAGGUGGCUGGGAUACGAGCAACAAUCAGGCAGUUAACGACUGGAAUAAUAAGACCAUUCAGGAUAGUAAGCCGGAAGAAUGGCCUGUGUCACCACCGACUGGUGAGCAAGAUCAGAACCAAAACGGUUGGGGAGGUGGCUCAAACCAUUCGAACAAGAGCAAUGAGACUGUGAAAAAGAGCGGAGCUCAUUGGGGCGAAGACACGUACCCAGGCUCUUGCGCUCCGGGCACCUGGGGCGAACAGCAGACCACAAGCAGUGUUGAGCAAGGAGCUGACAACAAUGUGGGCAUCUGGACUCCCACGAAAGUGAAUGGGAAUGGAGACCAAAAACCUCCUGCAGCAGAAGUAGAAGAUCGUGACAACAUCAUGCCUGGGACAUGGGUUGACGUCCCUGGAACUACUGUGCCAGCUUGGGGGGAUGCUACGGCAGCACAGGACACGAACGGCCAAGCCGUAAACUGGUAA